CAUUGUCUUUUCCUCUCUUCACUAGGUGUGAGUUCAGACAGGAGAUGGUUCGGCAGUGGGAGAUGAAGAAGCUGGAGCAGCAGCAGCGGAAGGAAGAAGAGAAGCAUCAUCAGUUGAUGGAGUGGAAUGAUGCCGAGAACCGGCGCCUCCAGGCCUUGAGGGAAGAACGUCUCCGACAGGAAGAAAUUGCUGAGAGAGAGCGCCUGUUGAAGGUUGCCCAAGUGCGAGCCGCCACUUUGGAAGAAUUCAUGAAGGAGAAAGAGAAAGAGGUGCUCCAGCUGCAGGAGGAAGCCAAGAACUUCAUCACUCCAGAAAACCUGGACGAGCGGAUUGAGGAGUGCCUGAACAGCCUGAAAAACUACAAUUUUGCCAUUGAUAAAGAAGGAAGGAUAGUCAAACGGAGCACCUUGUCUUAGGGACAGUGAAGACGACGGGAAUGGGAGCCUCUUGGAUGACCUCUGCUGGAGCAGUGAACUCU